AUGGUGGUGCUUUCUAAGGAGUAUGGCUACGUCGUGCUGACCGGCGUCGCCAGCAUGGUGAUGGUUGGACACCUGGCCAUCCGAGUGGGCAAAGCCCGGAAGAAGUACAACGUGCAGUAUCCCAAGAUGUACAGUGACGACCCCGAAACUGGAAACAUCUUCAACUGCAUCCAGCGCGCCCACCAGAACACGCUGGAGGUCUACCCCGCCUUCCUCUUCUGCCUGGCUGUGGGCGGUUUGCACGCUCCCCGUCUGGUCAGCGGGCUGGGAGUCUUGUGGAUUGUCGGCAGGGAGGCUUUCGCAUACGGGUACUCCACGGGAGAUCCCAAAAAGAGAAUGAGGGGAUUCUUUGGGAACAUUGCUCUGUUGGGAAUGAUGCUGACCACCCUCAGCUUCGGCCGCCAUCUCCUGGGCUGGACUGGACCGCGGAUGGGGCCCUUCCGUCCAGUUAAAGCUUGA